CCCGUCUUUUGAAGUCGAGAGGGAUCGUGGUUGGAUCGAGUAUCUCGACAGAUUCCGCUCGUUUUCGGGGUUUUCUUUUGUGGGUCGAGGCCUAACGUUAAGCAUGUGUUGUGGACUGGUCGUGUCCAGUCGCCGUUGAGCAAAAAGGGAUGGCGGUCGUCAGAGAAGUAAGGGAGAAGACAAUUACUUUUUGUUGGUUGGAAGCAAGUUAUUGCACGGUUCACCCUUUUCUGGCUGCGUCUUGGGUCUUGCUUGUACGCUUUGAGGAGCUUUUGAGAAGUUUCUGGGAAGUUUUAAUCCCUGAAAAGAGGACUGGUUCAGCUUGGGACGGUUAUAACUUUUUUGCUUGUUGUGUUGCUUUGGUCUUUCUUUGUUCUAGAGUCUUUAAAGGAUUUUUGAGUUAUGGGGGCUAAAGGUUCGAGAGAUGGGAGUUGGAGGGAGAGUUCUCCUUCAUGGAAUCCGCAGUACGGGUAUCCACAGUCGUCGUAUGGUCAAGAUGCUCAGGGCUAUCCGCCGCCACCGCCACAGCAGCCGGCUUAUGUGCAAGAAUGUGCCGCUGGCCCGACCGGUGAUAAUAGAAGGAGGCUAGACAGAAGGUAUUCGAGAAUUGCGGAUAACUACCAUUCGUUGGAUGAGGUGACAGAGGCACUUGCACGGGCUGGCCUGGAGUCUUCCAAUCUUAUUGUUGGUAUUGAUUUCACCAAGAGCAAUGAAUGGACAGGGGCAAGGUCAUUCAACAGACGAAGUUUGCAUCACAUUGGAGAUGGUCUUAAUCCCUACGAGCAAGCAAUAUCAAUUAUUGGCAAAACCUUGGCUGCUUUUGAUGAGGAUAACUUGAUUCCAUGUUAUGGUUUUGGAGAUGCAUCAACACAUGACCAAGAAGUGUUCAGCUUCUACCCAGAUGAAAGAUUUUGCAACGGGUUUGAGGAAGUUCUGAGCCGGUACAGAGAAAUUGUCCCUCAUUUGAGGCUUGCAGGGCCAACAUCUUUUGCUCCUAUCAUUGAGAUGGCCAUGACAAUAGUUGAGCAGAGUGCUGGACAAUAUCACGUUUUGCUGAUAAUUGCGGAUGGACAGGUGACAAGAAGUGUUGAUACUGACCGAGGCAGGCUAAGUCCCCAGGAGCAGAAGACUCUUGAAGCCAUUGUUGAAGCAAGCAAGUUUCCUCUCUCUAUUAUUCUAGUUGGGGUUGGAGAUGGGCCAUGGGACAUGAUGCACGAAUUUGAUGACAAUAUUCCAUCUCGAGCCUUCGAUAACUUCCAGUUUGUCAACUUCACCGAAAUAAUGUCAAAGAAUGUGGCACCCUCGAGGAAGGAAACGGAAUUUGCUCUGGCAGCCUUGAUGGAAAUUCCUUCUCAGUACAAAGCAACCAUUGAACUUAAUAUAUUGGGCGGUCGGAAAGGCAAUGCACCUCGGAGGGUUGCUCUCCCUCCACCACGUGGUGUCCCAUCCUUCAGUAACCCAAAGACUUCACGUCCGAUGGAUUUUGAACCAAGUGUCGAGCCUUAUUAUGAAAAUAGGGGACAUGUUGCUGCUCCUCCUCCAGCCACAACUUCCACUUAUGAUAACCAGAUUUGCCCCAUUUGCCUCAGCAGCCCAAAAGACAUGGCUUUCGGUUGUGGUCACCAGACAUGCUGCGAGUGUGGAGAAGACCUUCAGUCGUGUCCCAUCUGCCGAAGCCCUAUCCAAACGAGAAUAAAGCUCUACUAGGUGCCAAAUUUGCUUUUGUGAGGAUUCGUCUCCCGUCAGUCAGAAUUCAUCUUUCAUUUGUUGAUUCAAAUGUUAGGUUCUCUUUGUUUGGUAUCUUAUGCUUACUUCAAAGGGAAGGAGUUGUUAAUACCUUAGGUCAUUUGUUGCUCUGUACAUUGUCGUAAUGUAAAUUCUAUUGGUUUCUUUUUUUAUCGCGAUUGUUUGCUAACAGCAUCGGGCGAAGAGACUGUUGAUGGAAGAAAGACGUUUGUGAACUUAUUUACAGUGGUUUGUUGAAGCUUUUCUGGCACAUAGGGCGAGUGAACGA